UGGGGAGGGCAGAAGCUGCGUGUUUCUUUCCAGCAAUGAUCCCAGUGGUUAUGCAGCCUUGCCCUCCCUUCCUGCCCUGCUGGGUGUCCCAGCUGUAGAAGCUCUCGGCCCCUCAGUGCCUCUUGCUUUCCCCAAAUGUCCCUGACCUCAGUUCGGCCACAGUUUUUUUUCUCCACAAUCUUUUGCUUUCUCAUUUCUGUGGCUUCAAAGUUGUCUCUCGUGAAGGCAAAGUCCCUCCUCCUUCCCGCGAAUGCAUCCAAAGGGAACUAACUAUAUCUCAGCAGGAUAACUCAGGGCCAAGUGUGGGUCGCUGCAGUUUCGCAGGUGGCACUUUGAUCUCACCGUGACCACCACGCUGCAGUAACUCUGAAUGGUCGCUGUGCUGGAAUACAGAGCGAACCGCCACUCACGAGCGCGAGACCUUAAUAGAACGACACGAUACAUUUAUACAACACUAGGCAAUGGGCGCCCCGCUCCUCGAGCAGGCCUCAGCAUCGCGCCGGCCCGGCGGAGCACAGCGGAACCCUGUGUCUCGGCUGCAGCGGCGGACGGAGCGGUGCGGCAGCGGCCCGGCGCCGGAAAUGGCAGGAGCGGGCGGCCCCAUGGAGCGGCUCCGCAGGCUGUGGCGGGGCCGCACGAUGACCUUCGGUGUGCCGCUGCUGGUUGAUCCUGCUUUGAAGGAAAAAUUAAAGCAGAACAAUGUGACACUGGAGUCUGAAUAUAAGAAAUUGGAAAAAUCUGACUUGGAUAACUGGGAGAACAUCAGAGGACCCCAGCUGUGGGAAGAUUCCAGGACUGUUCAGAAGCAGCGGCGGGAGGCUGCUCGUCUCAAGACAGAGUGAUUGAGCAAGUCUGCUUUGCUGCCUGCAGAACCAAGUCUCAGGCUGGACUACCUUAUUUUCUAAUCCAGCAUCAGGAACAGACUUCGGAGGGGGGAAUUCCCCUGAGCAAUUCAUACCACUGUGUAUAUAACUAAAUGCGCGAUCAGUCCAAAAAGCACUAUGUUGUGUGAAGCUCUUUGUUUGCAUCCAUUUGCACAGAAUUCCACAGGCUGUAUAUGAGAGAUUUCUCAAUUAAAAAAAAAAAAAAAGGCUGAUUAUUUUACUAGGAA